GUAAACAAAAAUAAUGGCUCUGUUGCUAGUUCGGCAAGACUCAAAUACAAUGAAACGACGUUUCCGCGGAAGCAUGUCACGAAGUGUGCCAAAAUUCUAUUUAUUUUGCCUGUUUACGAUUACAUCCGAAACUGUGCCUCGAAUUGGUUAUCAUCAGAAGAUGACCUGAGCGACUCACUGAUAACCUCCAGUGGAGGUAUUGAUACGUGAUGUUCGGUGACCAGGUUGGUCCCUGGUUUUGUUGGCGCAGAAAAAGAACAUUUGAAUUUUCUUGAGUGACUAAUGAAGCGCAGAAAUAAUCCCGCAGCGGCAGCGUUAGGUCACGCAAAACUCACGCAGCCUCGGAGUGUAGCUCAAUUCGUGACAGCUCGCCUAGCACGGUCCUAAGUUCUCAAUCCUGAUUAGGCAAGAACGAAAGUGAAACGGCACCAGCGAGCAAGCGUAGGAACGACCAAGAGGACAACCGACCUGAGUGAUCGUAACGGUACGCGAAACCUGUUUCUGCAACAAAGAACGAGAUGUUCGCUGCAAAACGAUAUAUUGCUCUCGUUUCCACGCACUGUCGCUAUGCGGCUCUUCGCGCAUCACCGCGGCACAGCGAUUCUCCUGCAUGGACCGCGGACCGCGUAAACGCAUUAUCGCCCAAUAGCUUCAGCUCCCCAUCAGCUAGCACCGUGUCUGUUCGAUUUGCUUCAUCAUCUUUGCCAAAAACAUCAUCCAACAUGUCCGGCAGUGCCAAAUUGUUGCACCAGAACUUGUGGGAUCAGGAUGUGGAGCUUAUGGAUCUGAUACGUAAAGAAAAAAAACGACAGAUACGUGGAUUGGAAAUGAUUGCCAGCGAGAACUUCACCUCACUCUCCGUACUGCAGUGCCUGAGCUCUUGUCUGCACAAUAAAUACUCGGAAGGACUGCCCGGCCAGAGGUAUUACGGCGGCAAUGAGUUUAUCGACGAGAUCGAACUGCUUGCUCAGAAGCGAGCAUUGGAGGCUUACCGUCUUGACCCAGAGCAAUGGGGAUGCAACGUUCAACCGUACUCGGGUUCACCAGCCAACUUUGCUGUAUACACAGCGCUGAUCGAACCGCACGGUCGUAUCAUGGGACUGGAUCUGCCAGAUGGUGGGCACCUAACACAUGGUUUCAUGACGCAAACGAAGAAAAUCUCUGCGACUUCAAUCUUCUUCGAAAGUAUGCCGUACAAAGUGAACCCUGAGACUGGCCUAAUCGAUUACGACAAGCUGGAGGAGUCGGCCAAGCUUUUCAAGCCUAAGGUGAUCAUCGCCGGUAUCUCGUGCUAUUCGCGCUGCCUGGACUACAAGCGUUUCCGUGAAAUUGCCGACCAGAACGGGGCAUAUUUGUUCGCCGAUAUGGCACACAUUUCCGGAUUGGUUGCGGCCGGCAUCAUUCCCUCGCCGUUCGAGUACGCGGAUGUAGUGAGCACCACCACUCAUAAGACGCUACGAGGACCCCGCGCCGGCGUUAUAUUCUUCCGUAAAGGUGUACGAAGCGUCAAGCCCAACGGCGAUAAGGUACUUUACGAUCUGGAGGCGCGCGUCAACCAGGCCGUCUUUCCAGGGCUGCAAGGGGGCCCACACAACCAUGCGAUAGCCGGUAUUGCAACAUGUAUGCUUCAGGCGAAAACACCCGAGUUUCGUGAGUACCAGGAGCAGGUGGUUCGGAAUGCGCGUGCCCUUUGCCAAGGAUUGCUAGAUGCGGGGUAUUCUGUCGCGACGGGUGGUACCGAUGUGCACUUGGUGCUGGUCGAUCUGCGCCCGGUGGGCAUUACGGGUGCCCGGGCGGAAUACAUUUUGGAGGAAAUUUCGAUCGCUUGUAACAAGAACACGGUGCCGGGGGAUAAAUCGGCCCUCAACCCAUCCGGUAUUCGCCUUGGCACGCCGGCCCUGACGACGCGUGGUUUAGUGGAAGACGACAUGAAGCAGGUUGUAGCUUUCAUCGAUCGGGGGUUGCGACUAUCUAAAGAGAUUGCCACCCUGUCUGGGCCGAAGCUGGUCGACUUCAAGCGCACCAUCCACGAGAACGCCGAGGUCAGCACCAAGGUUCAAGCCCUGCGACAGGAAGUGGAACGGUACAGUGAACAGUUUCCUCUGCCUGGCUAUGAGGAAUUCUAACAUAAUAAAGGUCUACGUUGCAACGCUAUUGCACACAUUGUAAAUCACUUGUACGGAGUUCUGCUAUAGAAUUGGCUAUACAAUGAAUUUCCAAGAAUGAUUUUAAAGGAAGAGAUGUGGUUUAGAUCUAGUUAUGCCCCCUGACCGCUCAGACAAAAUGUCAGCCUUCUUCAAACAAUAAACGUAGCGGCGGUGGUGGGAGAAAUGUGUAGCAUCGAACUGCGAUUACUCCGAAUAAAAAUAUUUGUAAAUUUGGGUGA